ACCUAUUAUACCUAUAUUAGUUAGUCAACUACAAUUUACUAUAAAUAGUUAUAAAAGUUUCAAGAAUCUCACUUUACAUUCUUAUUUUGUUGAAAUAAGAAGGCUGCAGCAUUAUAUCCUUAUUGCAAUAUGAACUUUUCAUUCAAAUAUCUUCACCUGCUGACAGCGUUCCUACUUCUUUGGUGUUUUGAAUCUACCAUUGAAGCAAGAGAAAUAAUUAAAUGCGAUUUAAAAUCAGGCCAAUGCAAUGGAGAAGAUGCAUACAUACAACAGCAGGACCUAUCAGAAAAACCACAGUUAAUUUCUACAUUGACAGAUCAAAAAUCUCCAGUGUUAAAAGAAUUAGUAAUUGAUCAUUUUUGGCGAAGACAUAAUAAAACUACGACAGAUGAGCCAAGUACGACAACUGUACCACAAACUGAAUCAACGACCUAUUAUUCGAAUUCGACUACUGAAGGAUGGAAUACAACAACAUAUUAUUCGAAUUCGACUACCGAAGGAUGGAAUACAACAACAUAUUAUUCGAAUUCGACUACCGAAGGAUGGAAUACAACAACAUAUUAUUCCAAUUCGACUACCGAAGGAUGGAAUACGACAACAUAUUAUUCUAAUUCGACUACCGAAGGAUGGAAUACAACGACUCCCAAAUCAACAACAUACUAUUCUAAUUCGACUACCGAAGGAUGGAAUACGACGACUGCUAUUCCCAAAUCAACAACAUACUAUUCUAAUUCGACUACCGAAGGAUGGAAUACAACGACUGCUAUUCCCAAAUCAACAACAUACUAUUCUAAUUCGACUACCGAAGGAUGGAAUACGACGACUGCUAUUCCCAAAUCAACAACAUAUUAUUCUAAUUCGACUACCGAAGGAUGGAAUACAACGACUGCUAUUCCCAAAUCAACAACAUAUUAUUCUAAUUCGACUACCGAAGGAUGGAAUACAACGACUGCUAUUCCCAAAUCAACAACAUAUUAUUCUAAUUCUACUACCGAAGGAUGGAAUACAACGACUGCUAUUCCCAAAUCAACAACAUAUUAUACUAAUUCGACUACAGAAGGAUGGAAUACAACGACUGCUACUCCCGAAUCAACAACACAAGAUUGUACUGCGACUAGUACAGUUACUCAUCAUCAUUUUCGAAGGAAAACAACGAUAAAACCAUAAGAAAUUUCUCAACAAUAUUAUAAAUUACAAGAGACAGUGUUUAAGUAAAAUUAAUUAUUUACCCGCAAAAUAAAUGAUAAGCCAGUGAUAAUAAUCAUAACUUAUGUUUCACGUAUAAUGGUAAAAUAAAUGUUCAUAAUUUAUUUCUAUCUCUCUA